AUGGCUUCUUCAAGCUCCGACUCGGCACAUGCAACAAGUAACACCAAAUCUUCAAUCACUGACAUCCAAAAACGCCGCAAAAUGCCUUCUACAAGCACAGCAGUUCCUGGAUCCUCUCACUCCACAGCUACAACAAGAAACACCAUGUACUACAAAUUUAUGCAGCAACAACUUCCUUCACAGAGGCCUAUUCUUACGCCUCGAGUGAUUAUUUCAGGAUAUUUGCUUAUUAGCAUUGUGUUCAUUUCUAUUGGAAUUGCUUCACUGAUCGCUUCCAGAGAGGUUGUUGAAAUUGUGUAUGGAUAUGAGUCGAGAUGCUUACCAAGUAAUAUUACAGACAAGGUAGCUUACAUCCAGAAUCCUACAACGGAUAAAACGUGCAACAUAACACUGAAUGUGCCCAAGCACAUGAAGGCACCUAUUUUUGUUUACUAUCAGUUGGACAACUUUUACCAGAAUCAUCCCCGGUAUGUUAAAAGCCGAAGUGAUGAUCAAUUGAGGAAUCUUAAGGACGAGAAGUCAGUUAGUACUUGUAAGCCUGAAGAUUUUGUCAAUGGUAGUGCAAUUGUACCUUGUGGUCUCAUAGCUUGGAGUUUAUUCAAUGACACAUACAGCUUCUCCAUCAAAGGAACGAAUUUGACAGUGAACAAGAGUGGUAUCUCUUGGAAGAGUGAUAGAGAACACAAAUUUGGAAAAGAUGUUCUCCCCCAAAACUUUCAAAACAGUUCUAUAAUAGGUGGUGGCCAUCUUGAUGAAUCCAUACCGUUGAGUGAGCAGGAGGAUCUUAUUGUCUGGAUGAGAACCGCUGCCCUGCCAACUUUUAGGAAAUUAUAUGGAAGAAUAGAGGUGGAUCUGGAAGCUGGUGUUCUCAUAAAUGUAACGCUUAAAAAUCAGUACAACACAUACAGUUUUAACGGCAAGAAAAAGCUCGUGCUGUCAACUACUAGCUGGCUUGGUGGGAAGAAUGACUUCAUUGGCAUUGCUUAUCUCACCGUUGGAGGACUUUGCUUCUUUUUGGCAUUGUUUUUUACCGUUGUAGUUUUUGUGAAGCCAAGGCAACUUGGAAAUCCAUCGGAUCUGUCAUGGAAUAGGAAGCAAGGUCGAGCCACCUCCUAA